CGCUCGUGUGAAAAUAUUCGCAUGCUCACUACGUUUCGGUUCGCCCGCCAAGGCAGUUGGUUUCCUUAAAAAAUCAUAUUCAGUGCGUGUUUUUGUGCAGUGUAGUUCUACAAUCAGAAUCAGAGCCACCAAAGCACAAGUCAUCGGUCAAAAAAUGGCAUUUAAGGCCUAAUAAAAACCAGGCCGAGAGCAAAAACCGAAAAUCAAUAAACACAGAAAGCCAGGGUGAGCGAGAGCACGUAACAAAGUCAAAUGCGGCAACAACAAGUGAGCAAGUUAAAGAACCUUUGCGAUUUGUGAACGCUGCAAAAUACUCGACGCGCAACAAGAAAAAGAACACUUAUUUACAACACUCACCCCCGCGAGAAACCCAAAAACGAAAAAAAUAAAUCACCCAAAAUAAUAAUAAUGUCGGAGAGCAGCGACAACAACGGGGAUCGGGAUGCCCAGCAGCAGGCAGGUGGGGCCGAGGGGGAGGCCAUGGGCGAGAACAAGAUGAAGUCCCGCCUCCGCAAGGGAGCGCUCAAAAAGAAGAACGUCUUCAAUGUCAAGGAUCAUUGCUUCAUUGCCCGGUUCUUCAAGCAGCCCACCUUCUGCUCCCACUGCAAGGACUUUAUUUGGGGCUUCGGGAAGCAGGGAUUCCAGUGCCAAGUUUGCUCCUAUGUGGUGCACAAGCGAUGCCACGAGUACGUCACCUUCAUCUGUCCGGGCAAGGAUAAGGGCAUCGAUUCGGACUCACCAAAAACUCAACACAAUUUUGAGCCAUUCACAUACGCAGGACCCACGUUCUGCGAUCAUUGUGGUUCCCUGCUGUAUGGCAUUUACCACCAGGGUCUCAAAUGCUCAGCAUGUGACAUGAACGUUCAUGCCCGCUGCAAGGAGAAUGUGCCCAGUCUGUGCGGAUGCGAUCACACGGAGCGGCGCGGCCGCAUUAAUCUGGAGAUCAAUGUCAAGGAGAAUCUCUUAACUGUCCAGAUCAAGGAGGGUCGCAAUCUCAUACCCAUGGACCCCAACGGACUUAGCGAUCCUUAUGUAAAGGUCAAGCUGAUUCCAGACGACAAGGAUCAGUCGAAGAAAAAGACUCGCACUAUUAAGGCUUGCCUGAAUCCCGUUUGGAAUGAGACCAUCAGCUAUGACCUCAAGCCCGAGGAUAAGGAUCGACGCAUCUUGAUCGAGGUUUGGGACUGGGACCGCACCUCGCGCAAUGACUUUAUGGGCGCUUUAUCCUUCGGCAUCUCGGAGAUCAUCAAGAACCCCACCAACGGCUGGUUCAAGCUGCUCACCCAGGAGGAGGGCGAGUACUACAACGUGCCAUGUGCGGAUGACCAGCAGGAUUUGCUGAAGCUCAAGCAAAAGCCAUCGCAGAAGAAGCCGCUGGUGAUGCGCAGCGACACCAAUACGCACUCCUCGUCCAAGAAGGAUAUGAUCCGGGCCACAGACUUUAAUUUCAUCAAAGUUCUGGGCAAGGGUUCGUUUGGCAAGGUCCUACUAGCCGAGCGUAAGGGCAGCGAGGAACUGUAUGCCAUCAAGAUACUCAAAAAGGAUGUGAUUAUCCAGGACGACGAUGUCGAGUGUACCAUGAUCGAGAAACGUGUCCUGGCACUGGGCGAAAAGCCACCUUUCCUGGUCCAAUUGCACUCCUGCUUUCAGACUAUGGACCGUUUGUUCUUUGUGAUGGAGUAUGUGAAUGGCGGCGAUUUGAUGUUCCAAAUCCAACAGUUUGGCAAGUUCAAAGAACCGGUGGCUGUAUUCUAUGCCGCUGAAAUAGCGGCAGGACUUUUCUUUCUGCAUAGCAAGGGUAUCCUGUAUCGGGAUCUCAAGCUAGACAAUGUCCUGUUGGAUGCAGAUGGGCAUGUGAAGAUAGCGGACUUUGGCAUGUGUAAGGAAAAUAUUGUGGGUGACAAGACCACAAAAACCUUCUGCGGCACCCCGGACUACAUAGCUCCCGAGAUCAUUCUGUAUCAACCUUAUGGCAAAUCGGUGGACUGGUGGGCCUAUGGAGUCCUGCUUUAUGAAAUGUUAGUGGGCCAGCCGCCAUUCGAUGGCGAGGAUGAGGAGGAGCUGUUUGCGGCCAUCACCGAUCACAAUGUAUCCUAUCCGAAGAGCCUGAGCAAGGAGGCCAAAGAGGCCUGCAAGGGCUUCCUUACUAAGCAGCCUAAUAAACGUUUAGGCUGUGGUUCCUCUGGCGAGGAGGAUGUGCGUUUGCAUCCCUUCUUCCGGCGCAUUGAUUGGGAGAAAAUUGAAAACCGAGAAGUGCAGCCUCCGUUCAAACCGAAGAUUAAACACCGCAAGGAUGUGUCCAACUUUGACAAGCAGUUCACAUCAGAGAAAACAGACUUGACGCCCACGGACAAGGUGUUCAUGAUGAACCUGGAUCAGUCGGAAUUCGUUGGCUUCUCCUACAUGAAUUCCGAAUACGUUUUCGGUCCAUAGAUUCUUUAAUCGGAUCUAGUUUCCAUGCUGCGAGUUGUGUCCUUUUAAGUCUAUUUUGAUAUUAAUUACUAACUACUUUGCAAUGCGAAAAAAAAGACAACUUGUUAUGUAUACAAUUAGCCUUUGUUGUUAAGUUUUAUGUUUGAUUUUUGCAUAUUACUUGUAUCUAUGUAUGUAUAUUUAUUGAAUUGUUAAGUUUUGAGUUAAUUGUAAGUGCUAGAAACUGUGAAACAGAGCUUUAGUUGUGGAUUAUUCGAAUACUGUUCAAGGAUCAAGUCUCACCCACCACCACUCACCUCAAGCCAAAGGAAAGCAAUAAAUAUCAUCAUUUCAAAGUAACCAUAGUCUGCGUAGAACUCUGAUCGAAGCUGUCUUUCCACAAUAUAAACUUUAGCAAGCUUUAAACAAUUGCAUUUUCCAUUUUCUCCCAUUUUCCUUUUUCCAUUUGGAAGUUAACUUUUUAGCCAACGUCUGAGUGUCUUUUGUGUAGAAAAUUAAUCGACUUUAAUAGUUAAAUAUGGCGGGAAUGUUGGCAAAGGCUUCCCCCAGCAGAGGAUAGAAAAGGAUUCUGGAGUUUUUUUUCGGGCCAGGUUCAAACGUCAUUCGAUUGUAGUGCUAGCCCCGGCAUUAUGAUCAAAUCGAAAACGCGUUUAGGUGAGUUCGCCGAUGAGGGAGACAUUAAUAAGCUUAGCAGAUCACUUACUCCUCGGUUAAUCGUAUUCAAUACUUAGGCAGAAAUAUCAUAGAACGAGUGUUUUUUAAAUUCCAUUAAAAUUAAAUAUAUAUAAAUACAUAUAUGUGGGUGUGCGUGUAAAUUAAUUUUACAUUUUAUUUCGAAAAGCAUUACAAAACACACGUAUAUAUAGCACGACUAUAUAUAUAGCUGGCAUAGAGUCUCAAUGUACCAUAACUAACAAAUUGCAUAGCAAUAAGUUAAGCUUAGAAGAUACUUAACACUAAAACUGUAAUACUGUAAUACUGUAAAACUGUAAAACUGUAAAACUAAAACUAAAAACUGUAUAACUGUAAAACUAAAACUAAAAAACCGAAGAACGGUUCGCUCCCAAUCAAGAUGGGUUCUUGCGAUGGAAACUUUAGUACCUUGACAGGAACCUAGCUGCUAACAACAACUACUGUUUAACUAUGGGAAAAGACAAUCUACUAUAAGCAUGUGAAACUAUAGUCAAAGUAUAUAGCCUAGACCGAUUUCCAAAUUAGCGCCAGCCGAGCUAAGCUUUUGUGCCUCUCGUAGCUAUCUUUCUCUCAUAGAAGAAACCUUAAAAGAAUUCACGCCAAACGAGGCUACAAAAUUAUUUAUAGAACAAUUAUAUUAAAUUAAAAACAAAAAAAGGAUAAAGAUAGAUGGGAGAUGGGAGUAUGUGUAGCCAAGCUAACUGCGUUGGGCACAACAGAGUAACUUAGCCAUCAUCUAAACGUGAAUUGGUAAAGCUUAAUCGUAGUUUGAACUAGUAAAUUCGAUAAAUACUAAUAUUAAAUACAUCAAAUUGUGUAACUCCGAACUUGAAGCAUUUAAAACGUUUAAUUUAACUCUCUCCAAUUUGAAAUCAAAACGUAAACUAAGCCAACCAAGAGUAGAUCAAAAGUACUCGCGAUGAGUGCAUUUCACAACCACGAUGAGUAGCACUUAAGGUUCAAACCGGAACACCGAGUACUCCGGUAAUGAAAUUUGCUCGUACUUUUAACAAUUAAAUGUAAUACUUAAUUAAUAUAUAUCUAUAGAUGUAUAUGUGUGUGUGUCUGAAUUACUUUAAUGAAUUUUAUGGCAAAUAAAUGAACGAGAAAGGGAGUAAAACAUAUUUCAAGUCUGUUCCAAUAUUGCAAAUAUUACAAUUUGAGGAAAAUAAAUUAAUUUUUAUUAUCGAACUAUAUACAUAUUGAAAUUGCAUAUUGUUAGGACUUUAACAAGGCAAACUGUUUGGUUUAGAGUCGACAUUUUUACAAAGCAUAUUUAUGUAAUUUUGAUGAUUUUCAAGGUCACUUUUUUAAACCAAAGUCUCAUACGUAUGUAUUUUUAUUGCAUAUUAACUUAGUACAAACUGAAAAAUAAAAAAGGAAAUAUAUAUACACAUAUACAUUAUAUUUAUAUCUACGAAAUAUCGAUGUGAAUUACUUAACAGAUACGAUAUUCACCUAGAGAUAUAUACGAUACCAUACGAUAUCGCUCGAGAGCCAGCGAAAUCUUCCAAAUAAAAAACCAAAAACUCUCGAACAAGAAAACCGAACAAGAACUAAACUAAAGAAACUAUUUUUACGUCUGCAAAAAUCACCAUGAAUCCGAAUCUGAAACUGUAUCUGAGGAGUCAGUGUAAGCUGUGUAUGCAUCAGCUAUAUACUUACAUUUACGAGUACACACACACACACACACAGACCCCAACCGAAUGUAAUCUAUAAUUUAUUGAGCCAAGCCAAACAAAGGGACAAACACAAAUAAAUCAAACAAACGGCUUUGGGCUCAUCACUCACACAGACACAAUACGAGUACCCCAAAGUAAAUAAAAAUACUACUAAAUA